AGCGAGCGGCGAACGGGGGUGCGAAACGCGAUGGUGGUGCAACGUGCGUGCAGCCUCCUCCGUCCGGGACUGUGUCGCCGCGGUGUUUAGGUUCGCGAUUUCGCAUGAUGCGGUGGUGGACUGUGUUGGUGGUGCUGGGGGUGGCGGGGGCCGACGUGGACCCGUUUGUUGAGCCCAAGCACUCGACCCUCAGCACGCGCACCGUGCGAACUAAGUACGGCGACGUGCGUGGCGUUGUGUGGGAGCUUGACGGGCGCCACCUGGGCCCUGUUGAGGUCUUCCGCGGCAUUCCGUACGCGUCGCCGCCGGUUGGAAAUCUCAGGUUCAUGCCGCCCGUCAACGGCGCCCAGUGGAAAGGGACCAAAAUGGCAGACCGCUUCAGUCCCGUGUGUCCGCAGCGGCUGCCGGACAUCGCCGACGAGCAGGAGGCGCUCCGCAGAAUGCCCAAGGGACGCUACGAGUACCUCCGCAGGCUGCUCACCUACCUGCAGGACCAGAGCGAAGACUGCCUCUACCUUAAUAUUUACGCACCCGCCCAUUCCGGAGGAAGAGAGGCCGAAGGCAAAUACCCGGUGAUGGUCUACAUCCAUGGCGAGUCUUUCGAGUGGAAUUCGGGCAACCCUUACGAUGGCUCGGUGCUCGCCAGCUACGGCGGGGUCGUCUUCGUCACCAUCAACUAUCGACUCGGCAUUCUCGGCUUCUUGAACGCCAACACUGACAGGUUUAUGAGAUCGCCAGCCAACUACGGCCUCAUGGACCAAAUUGCGGCCCUCCACUGGGUGCAGGAAAAUAUCGCCGCGUUCGGAGGCGACCCCAGCAACGUCACCAUCGUCGGACACAGCACUGGCGCGGCCUGCAUCAAUCUUCUCAUGACCUCUAGUGCAAUACCUGAUGGUAUGUUGUUCCACCGCGCCAUCCUGAUGAGUGGUUCGUCGCUGAGCCCGUGGGCCCUGGUGGCCGACCCGUCCAAGUUCGCGCGCCACGUGGCCAACAGCGUCAACUGCAGCGUCGACGUGUCUGACAACCACGUUUUGAAGUGUCUGCGCGACCGCCCGUUGGAGGCCAUCAUGCGCGUGCCGGCGCCGCCGCUGUACCCGCAGGACGGCGCCCUGGACAUGGUUUCUGGUGGCCACUUUGCGGCCACGGCCUUCGGGCCCAGCGUGGAUGGCGUGGUGAUCGACGCGCCGCCGCCGAUGGCCAACACGUGGAGUCCUGGCCAGCAACGCGUCAACUCCAAUUUCGGUGCCAUCCUGGACACUCUGAGUGGCAUCGGCGGCGGCAACAGCGGCGCCUCCAGUGUCAACCCUGAGGAGAUGAUGCAAAAGAAGUACAUCGACCGACUCGGCAGGUACGAUCUGCUGUUUGGAGUGGUGCGCGCCGAGGCGUACUUUGUGUUCGCGGCGGAAGACAUCCAGUACGGGAUCGAAAGCGAGCGUCGCGGAAAGUUGCUGAAAGCUUUCGUCAGGGACACCUACAGGUAUCACCAGAACGAGAUCCUGGCGACGGUGGUGAACGAGUACACGGACUGGGAACGACCCGUGCAGCACCCGAUCAACAUCAGGGACGAGACGAUGGAGGCCCUCGGAGACGCGCAGGUGGUGGCGCCACUCGUGCGCACCGGCGACUUCCACUCCGUCUCCAGACCCUCCAACUCGUUUUUCUACGUCUUCGACUACCAGACCAAAUUCGGAGAUUUCCCUCAGCGGCAGGGGUGCGUGCACGGCGAGGAGCUGCCCUACAUCUUUGGCGCGCCGUUGGUGGGCGGCCUCUCGCACUUCCCUCGCAACUACACAAAGGCUGAGGUGCAGCUUUCGGAGGCCGUCAUGAUUUACUGGAGCAAUUUCGCGCGCACGGGGAACCCGAACGAGCCGCUCGAGCCAGACGCGGCGGCGAUACUGCACGGCGGCAGGAGCGAGAGAAAUCGAUUCAGGAACAUCGAGUGGCCGCCCUACGAGGCCGUGCACAAGAAGUACCUCGGCAUUGACACGAAGCCCAAGUUGAAAAACCACUACCGAGCGCACCGGCUGUCCUUCUGGCUGAACCUGGUGCCCGACCUGCACCGUCCUGGGGGGCCGGACAUCCCCGCGUCGCACCACCUGCUCAACAGCCAGGACGAGGCGGAAACCUCGCAGCGCAGCUACUUUCCGUCCCUGCCCAAGUCGAUCUGGCCAGGUAUCUCGAGUCUGAUGCCCGGCGGGACGGCCGUGCCCAGCCAGGGCGGCGGCGGCUUCAACCUGACGGCGGCCGUCAUGACCAGGGUCACCUCGAGUCCCAAAAUCGAAGAGAACGUCCAGUCGCUGCACACACCGGACAACGGCGACCAGCCUGAGGAUGGCUUUGCCGUCUACUCGACGGCCCUGUCCGUCACGGUGGCCAUCGGCUGUUCCCUGCUCAUCCUCAACGUGCUCAUCUUCGCAGGGGUUUAUUACCAGCGCGACAAGCAGAAGGUCGAGGUGAAGCGGCGCAACGAGAACGGCGGCCAAAUGUCCGGCAUGCACGGCGCUGAGCUCGAACUGGCGGCCGCCGCCGCCGCCAUGACCAGCAAGCACCAACCCCCCGACCCCGGCGGGGGCGGCGGCCAGACCCAACUGCCGCCCCCCGAGUUUGCAGACGUGCUGCCCGCGGCCCACUACUACCCCCACCACCACCACCACCACACCCUGCCGCGGCCGCCGCCACCUCCGAAGGCGGCCGCCCCGCCGCCGGAACUUCUGUCCGCCACCGGGGGGAUGCCGCCCCCGGCCGUCAUGGUCACCGCCUCCGGGACGCUGCAGCGCUCGCGGACGCACGUGCAAGAGCAGCAGGGCUCGCCGGCCGCCGGCAACACGGCCACCCUGAAGAAGGCCAACCUGCACGGCAAGGUGUCCCACCUGGCGAACUCUAUCGACGAGCUCCGAGUAUAACGGGCCCCGUUGAGUGCGCGAGCAGUCUUUCAACCUGAUGCGUGUGAGUGUUUCGGUGUCUUUACUGUGCUGCUGCCACCGGAGCAGCGUCCGCAGCCGCGAACGAGCAAAAUUAUUCAAUGAGAGAGAAAGAGUAUAGUGAGUGCAGUGAUCCACGGGAGAUUCGUUGUUUGUACACAUGAGCGUGCGUGAUUCUCUCUAUCUAGCGAGUAGUCUCACUAUUAUUGUUGCAUUUAUUAUUGUUACCUGCUGGGAUGAGAAUUUUAGUUUGUUGGCUGCAAUUAAAAUAUUUCUUUAAAAAUCGCAACUAAAACGUACUAUUAGUUGCAAAUAAUAAUCAAUAUUGUGUCGAAAAUUUCACUUUUAAUUUAUUUAGUAUUUUUAAAGAAAAAGAGGGAUUUGGUAUUUUCCAGCAACCGUCAAAUAUUUUACAACAAUUCUGACUAUAAUUCUCAUCCCUGAUUAUAUGACAAACCAAAGAAAGAGGAUUUAUACGAAACCAACGGCACUCACAACUCCUCCAGCACCACUUUUCUUCUUCUCCUGUCACUUUUUUAUUUUGAUUUUGCAGAUUUUGGCUCCUUAUGUUUUAUAUCUUUUUUUGCGCGCAGACGAUGAGCAGUUGGCGACAGAAAUCCGCAGUGAAGAGCACGUUUUUAAUAUCCUCUCUUCUCUUGUACACGAGAGAAACUUUUUAAUUUUUUAUAUAUGCCGCGCGCCCCCAAAACUUGUUGCUUUUGAGACACACGCGCAUUUUCUAUAUGAGAGGAGCGCGCGAUUUUUAAUCUGCGAGCAAGAUGUAUUAUGAAAAUCACUCAGCUCCCGUUCACCGUCGCCGCACUCUUGCCGACGGGAAAAAAUAAAAAUCUUAUUAACGUAAAAGCGUUUGAGUAAUCCCACGGUUUUAUUGAAAGAGCACGCCGUAAAAUGAAUUCUCUCCGCGAAAGGUUUACGUUUUCUAUAAUUAAAACCAGCCUCCCUUUCCGUCCCAAAAUAAAAAAUUUAGCCCUGCCCGUAAUAGACGAGACCUACGACUAAUUCCCGUUUGAUCCCCUUUUAGUUGCCAUUUUAAAUUCCGCGGACGAAAAUCGAUAACCGUAAAAGCUCGGCCGUCCUUUAAUUGGAGCCAUUUCCAACGCAAUCCGCCCUUGGAUUGAUGUCCCUUUAAGUGCCUCCUCUCCUUCGUUAACAUUUAAACAAAACACGGAGGAGCGCGCAUUUAUUCUCCUCCAAAGUGGUGGUCGCAUGAACUCUCCGUACGUGCAACGUCUCGAGUUUUAUUUCACCCGGCCGGCCGGCAACUCUCUCUUGCCGAGUCGUAAAUCGCAUCUGUGGUUUUCUGUUGCCGACCAACGCUCUGUAAAUACAGCAGCAGAAGGGUUGAUAAACUCGACAUUUUCACUUGGAAAAGUACGUUGCUGAACCGGGUGCCAGUUCGCCACUGCGCACAUUUUUGCGGUUAUUGAUGACCGUUCAAAGGGUUGGCAGUCGUACACAUCGAGCCUAAUGAGAUAUGAAAACGCAAAUUCUGGUGGCCAUUGUCAUGAGGAUUUCAAACAUAAUAUCCUCUAAUCACUUUGAUGAAAACCACUAAAAUUUUUAAAAGGCCAUCGGAAUUUUUGAUUUCCUAAUGAUGGUCAACGGUUUCCAGCCCUGUAAUUGCCCUUAAUUAGGAGAGAAAACGCCCUUCCCUGCUACAUCCUUUCCCUCCUCCUAACUAAAAGUUCCAAAAAAAAAGAAGUGCUUAAAUCGUAACGCUGACCAAAAAACUCAAAAAGUAUGUUAUGGUAGCGAUCUCGUGUUGGACGCGGAUCGCCACACAUUGAUAUUGUCUCAUCUCAAAACCUUUUUGUCCUAACCCGAAGAUGAUUGAUUAGCUCUUCGAUUCGGCCUCUAUAUAUUGUGACGCAAAAGAUAUUAAAAGCUCUUGGUGAAUUUCACUCCAAUGAGCUUCUGUUGGAUUAAAAAUUAUGUCGCCAGGGUUCGGAACAAAAUAACUCUCACACACUUACGAGAAAAACGCUCAAUGUUUUUAUAUUUGACCAAUGCCACUAUGUAUAUUGUUAGAGGAAAGAAUAAAGAAAAAUUAAUACACGUUUAAAUCUUUGUGGAGAGAGAAUAAGAAAAAUCAUGCAAAAAUCGCUCUGUUCUCCGAUCGAUUGACAAGAACUCUGUGUACAUAAAGGGGAAAACUUUCGGACGUGAAGUUUGGAUUUUAAAACCUCUACAUUUUUUACUUUUAAUGCAAGAAAAAAAAUUAUGUAUUAGAGACAAAAACUGUGACUUUCAGCCAUAGAUUAUUAUAUACAUAACUGCAAAAUGAAAUAGCAACAGUGAUUAUUUGUUCGUUUCGACCAGUGUGUACGUGCAUGAUUAAAAAAUCUCAAACCCCAGCAUCUCAGUCAGUAACUAAUUAACUACACACUUGAUUGUUCCCCCUUUUGGUGAUCGCAAAAAUUGUAAAAAAAAAAUAUACGAACUUUGAAUAAAAACUGGAGAGAUGAGAGAGCGCCUCGAUGUAUAAAAAAUAGCCAUAAUAGAGAAGGGCGCGCAGACACGGUAUGUUUCAUAUGCCUGCUGAUGGAAAGUAUAUAUUAUUUUAAUUGGAAACAAACAACUGUUUGUAUGACUGAUAAAUAAAAGUCA